AUGGAGGCGGAGGGUGAAAUGGAUUUAACUGACGAUGAGAACAAAGUGAGACGACAUAUCAACAAGCAAGUCAGAAAACCAGCACGGGGCAGAACUAGGUUCGACGUGCUCGCUAUCCCACAAAAAAGGAAUAUAUUGGGCACUUACCAAGGCCACGCCUAUCAUUUUCCCAAGGAGAAAGUUAAAAAGUUAAAGUGUAAACUGCAGGAAAUGUUCGCCAUGACUCCCGAAGAAACAGAGAAAUACUUCGAGCAGAUGAGGAACGAAGCGAAUGAAAUCGCAAAGAAAAAAAUGACAAAGAUCAUGUUGAAGAAGUUAUAUCAAAAGCAAGAACGCGCAAAACAGGAACAGAGGGCGUAUAAAUGCAUUGCGAAAUUAUUGAAGCAGAGAAUGAUGUCCGGAUUUGCUAAUCCGACAUCACCUUUGAUUUCCGUAAGGAUGAGAAAUCUUUCUGAUAUCAUUUUGGAACAGAUUUGUGACCUGCGCAAUAUAGACAUUCCUGACAGAGAGAAUCCUAACCAGUGCGGAUUAUUCCUGAUAGCUUUAGCCGAUUGGUCGUCCAUUGCAAUAGAGCAAGUUUACUACACCGUCCAGUUGAAGAAGAAUAAGGAGUUGGCAGAAAUUGAGGAACAGGAGGCUCUUAAACCUAAAGAAAAGAAGAAAGAAGAGAAAGAAGAGAAGGAGAAACGUGAUGUUAUAUAUGGAGGAGAAGAGCUUGACUUAUUGGAAGAGAAUUUUGAAUAA